GGACUGUAUUCAGUUUUGUUGGAGGAGACAGAACGUGUCCAGAGCAUGUCGUGUUUCUGAGAGAACGUAUAUUACGUGAUAUUUUUAAGAAGGGAGUGUGUGUGUGUUGAGUUGUAUUCCUGAGAGGGGAGCGUGUGUGUGUGUGUGUGUGUGUGUGUGUGUGUGUGUGUGAGCAGGCAUGUUUCCAAGAAAGUAUGUAUAUAUCGCAUUGUGUUUGAAAGAAGAAAGAGCACGUAUUUGAUUUCUGAGAGGAGAACGCAUGGGUCGAGUUGUGUAUUUAGGAAGGGACGGUGUGCGUGUGGUGGGGUCUGAUUCUGGGAGGGGUGUGUGUGCUUGUGUGUGUAUUGGAGGGCUCCAGGGGCACCACUGGCUGCGUCAUUGACUUUGUCACCCACAGACAACCGCAUGAAGUGCCCCCCGUAAAACCCCCUCCCAUUAGCAUCGAGGCCUCAGACUCUGAGCUGUCACAAGGCUAGUGUGACAUCCCUGGGCUGUGGCUGCCACACGUGUGUCCCAACAUGCCUUGGGCUGGCCGAGCCUGUCUGCACUGGAGGGUGGAGUCCCUGUUCCCUUGGGAUCUGUCAGCUCCUCAGGUCCUGGGAGCUGACACGUGGUUCCCCGCUCCUGAUCCCCCCAAACCUAGAGGGCUCCUCUGCUUCCGGCGCCCCAGCCCCUUGGCCCUCUCCUCCUGCCUCACCCCACCCCAUCCCCAGUGGUCUGACUGGUUCCCAACAAAAGCACCCUAAGAAUGAGCUCACGGAGAGGCCGCCGCCUCCACACGCCCCGCCCCCCCACGCCCGGCAGAGGCGGGCGACUCCAGCCCAGGUCACACGGCCGGAGGCGCGUUCUGGCCCGGGGAUCUGGGGCCCUUGGUGUGGACGGGGCUGGCCAGGUGAGCUGAGGGCAGGAGCAGCAAUGUCCGUGCAGGUGGCAGCCCCUGGAAGCGCGGGGCUGGGCCCAGAGCGCCUGAGCCCCGAGGAGCUGGUGCGGCAGACCCGACAGGUGGUGCAGGGCUUGGAGGCCCUGCGGGCGGAGCACCAUGGACUGGCCAGGCACCUGGCAGAGGCCCUGGCGGGACAGGGCCUGGUGGCCGGCUUGGAGCUGCUGGAAGAAAAGCAACAGGUGGUGAGCCACGCGCUGGAGGCCAUCGAGCUGGGACUGGGGGAGGCCCAGGUGCUGCUGGCCCUGUCGGCGCACGUGGGCUCGCUGGAGGCAGAGAAGCAGCGGCUGCGUGCACAGGCGCGGCGGCUGGCCCAGGAGAACUCGUGGCUGCGGGAGGAGCUGGAGGAGACGCAGCGGCGGCUCCGGGCCAGCGAGGAGGCUGUGGCCCAGCUGGAGGAGGAGAAGAACCACCUUGAGUUCCUGGGGCAGCUGCGGCAGUAUGACCCGCCCGCCGAGAGCCAGCGGCCAGAAUCCCCCCCUCGCCGAGACAGCCUGGCAUCCCUGUUCCCCAGUGAGGAAGAGAGGAAAGGCCCCGAGGCAGCGGGAGCGGCAGCAGCUCAGCAGGGGGGCUACGAGAUCCCCGCCCGCCUUCGGACCCUGCACAACCUCGUGAUCCAGUACGCAGGGCAGGGCCGCUACGAGGUCGCUGUGCCGCUGUGCCGCCAGGCCUUAGAGGACCUGGAGCGGAGCUCAGGCCACUGCCACCCUGACGUGGCCACCAUGCUCAACAUCCUGGCGCUGGUGUACCGGGACCAGAACAAGUACAAGGAGGCCACCGACCUUCUGCACGACGCCCUGCAGAUCCGGGAGCAGACGCUGGGCCCUGAGCACCCUGCGGUGGCCGCCACCCUCAACAACCUGGCGGUGCUCUAUGGGAAGCGCGGCCGUUACCGGGAGGCAGAGCCCCUGUGCCAGCGCGCCCUGGAGAUCCGCGAGAAGGUCCUAGGCAGCGACCACCCGGACGUGGCCAAGCAGCUCAACAACCUGGCGCUGCUCUGCCAGAACCAGGGCAAGUUCGAGGAGGUGGAGCGGCACUACGCCCGCGCCCUGAGCAUUUACGAGGCCCUGGGAGGGCCCAACGACCCCAACGUGGCCAAGACCAAGAACAACCUGGCCUCAGCCUACCUGAAACAGAACAAGUACCAGCAGGCAGAAGAGCUGUACCGAGAGAUCCUGAGCCGCGAGGACCUGCCUGCCCCUCUGGGAGCCCCCAACCCUGGCACAGCUGGUGAUGCAGAACAGACCCUUCGUAGGAGCAGCUCCUUCUCCAAGCUCCGUGAGUCCCUACGGCGUGGAAGCGAGAAGCUGGUCUCCCGUCUCCGAGGCGAGGGGGUGGCAGGGGCAGCCAGGAUGAAGAGAGCCAUGUCACUCAACACGCUGAACGUGGAUGGUCCAAAGGCUGCUGGGGCCCAGUUCUCCCAUCAGCACCUGAACGAGGCCGCGAGGACCCUCAGCACCAGCACCCAGGAUCUGGGCCCCCGGUGAAGGUGACAGGACAAUGGCUGCAGCUUCUCAGGAAGAGUGGGGAAGGGGUGAGG